AUGACCCUCAGCAGACACUGUUGGAGGCAGAAUGUAAAUAAGUAUCAUAACCGAUUGGCGGGACUUACUAAACUAUAACGAAUUCUCGGGAAAUCUUGAACAAGUAGUAUGUCCACGGUGCCUACGUCUACCGUAUGGGAAAUAUCAGAUUCGGAUACGGAAGUUGAAGGUAUCGGCGAUUUAAUACUUGAUGAAGGGUCCAACAAUUUGGCUGCUAAAAACGUUUUAGUUCCACCACCAUCGUAUGAUUAUGAACUGCCAAGUCCACCGAAAAAACGCCGUUCCAAAGAGGAGAUCGAGGCGGAAAAGGAGAAAGUCAGGUUACGGAGGGAGGCUCGAGAGAAGAUCCGAGCUGUGAAGGAGCGAGAGAAGCUGGAGAAGAAGAAGGAGGUACAGAGAAGGAAAGAAGCUGCACAACAUCUCAACAAUCUCAAGCCUGAAAACUAUCUUAAAUGUUUGACUCUCUGCAUAGAUCCAGCUCUCCUUCAACAGAAAGGCUCUGACGUCCUGCUUGGCACAGUGUCUUCUUUUGAAUGGCAGUACAGCAUCCAAAAACAACCCCUUCCUAACAGCAUCACAUGGACCAGGGAUUUACCUCAGCUGUCUGAUGACGUGUCAGCAACAGAUGUAGAAGACCAGCUGGUGCAGGUCAUUGGACCUUCUGAAUUCUUAGACAUGGUAAUCUCUGUAAAAAAAAUGAUUGACAGUGAAGAGGAGGAACCAGGUUUGGAUUCUUCUCUCAAUCAGGAUUCUGUGAAGAAGCUCACUGUUUUAGUAACCGAGCACCAGUCACAUUGCAGGAAACAGGCUCAUGCGACAGGUGACUCAAUCCAAUCCAAAUAUGGUGGAAAGGAUCUGGAUGUUGAGGAGGUUCUCGUCUACCUGCAGCUGUACAAAAACACAUCUGUCGUCUUUCUUGAGGGCUGGCAAGAAGUUACAGAUCACGUGUGCGCCGUCACCAAGGCCUUGUCCAAACGCCCUUUUAAGCUGCUCACGGAGCAACCGGAGCUGCCAUUCUGCGUGGACGGCUCAUGGGCUAGCGGGGCACGGGUGGAGAAGGAUGGCUCUGGCCUCAAGCAGGUGUGGACCAAGCAGAUCCAGCAGCUCAACAGAGUUAGUCAGGCUACCGCCUCCUGUGUGACAGCAGCCUAUCCGUCACCUCAACUGCUACUGCGGGCAUAUGAAGCCCUGAGUUCAGAGGAGGACAAAAAGAAGCUGUUGGCCAAUCUGGUGGUGAAAGGGGAAGGCAAAGACAGGCGUGUCGGACCAGAGAUUUCCACCAGAGUUUACCGCUGUCUCACCACUCAGAACCCUGAACUGGUUCUGGACUAACUCAAAAUGGUUGACUUGUUAUUGAGGGUUCUAGACUGUUAACUAGCUGGUAUCAUGUGACACAUGUUGUCACCAAGCUAAAAGUAUACCUUGGUUAUCAUGUUUACACCAUUUCAGGACGUAAGUAGAGUUCAUGAAUCAUGGCUUGAUUACGAUUCUUUCCUGAAUAAUGUACGUAUGGCCAUGUUUUUGUCUUUUGGUUUUUAUUUUGAAGGAUUUUCCAAGUAAGAAAGUGAAAUGUUAUAAAACGUUCUUUACAUAGUAUCAAAAAGUAUUUCCCUUUUUCCUUGCGUCUAAUCAUCAUUCCCCCACAUUUUUUGAAGUCUAAUCUGUUGUCACUUACAUUCAUUACAGACUCAUGAAGCUCUCUGCUACACAUGACGUCGUCACUGUCAGAUUGAGUUCAGUGUUUAUCUGUGGCUGAAUAGUUGCAACAUACUCAUGGAUUCACAGGUAUCAUAUCCAGCGACAUCUUUUACUCUGAUGAUCUUCUGGCCCGGGGCUGUCAUCGUUGUCGUCGCUGCUGCUGGGAGGCAUUGGAGUGCAGAGUAGGGAGCACGACGAUUCAAAACAAGCUUCUGGGACUGGGCUGGGGUAGGCACUGAGGACUGGUUCAGACGGGGGGCUGGCGCCCCCCUCUGCUGGUGUGACUGAGAACACCCAGCCGAGCCGCCGGCGCAGGAGAGAGCACAGGCCCGGAGGCAGCUCCAGGACGGACGGUACAUCGGCGGAAGUGGGGAGUAUUUUGCGGAGACGCGUGCAGCAGAGGUACUGCAAGGAGGUGGGCGUGUAACAGGCGCGGAUCACCUUCAUGCUGCUUUUGGCCGCAGUGGAGCACAACAUGGGGUAGAGUUUCUUGUUCUGCAGCCUUGUGGCCGCCACACCUGUACACGGAAAAACAGGGAUGUUGUUCUGUGAUUGAUUCUAUAAAUAUUUGUGGCGUUUUUUGUUUGGUUUUGUUUUCAAAUUGAAUAAAUACAAAUGUAUCAAAGUAUCCAUUUGUUUUUUCUAUUACCGUAUUGGCCCGAAUAUAAGACAGUGUUUUUUGCAUUGAAAUAAGACGGAAAAAGAGGGGGUCGUCUUAUAUUCGCGGUCUUGACAUUAUACCCAUUCACGACGCUAGCUAGAUGGCGCCAGAUAUCAUUGGAGCGAUGUUCUGUCAUGACCGUUCUCAGCUACUCUCCCCAUUCACGACGCUAGAUGGCGCCAGAUAUCAUUGAAGCGAUGUUCUGUCAUGACAGAUCUCAGCUUCUCUCAAGUUUAACCAGUUUGCAUUAUUUUAU